UGAUCUCCAUGGUCUUUUGCAUUUAAUAUUUCGAUCGAGGCAUUUUUUAGUUCUUCACGAGCGUUGCACAGCAAAUAACAAAUGGCAGUGCGAUUAGCAGAGCCCGCGGCGUUAAAAUUUUGGCCAAACAAAAUUUUUGGCAGCCAAAUUCUUCAGAUCUUCCGAAGAAAAUACACGUCUGGCAGUCGUAAGUUUCUUGAUCCCAAAAUGCUAUGUAAGCAAGGUAAAAUAAAGGAAACACUUAAAAUUCUGCAGGCCACAAAACACACCAAAGAUUCUUCUGUAUACGUCUGCCUUUUGGAAGAAUGCAUCAAGAAAAGAAACUUAUUGGAGAGUAAAUUAGUCCAUAACCAUAUGAAGGAUCGUGGAUUCUUAACAGACACUUUUUUAGGAAAUAAACUUAUCAAAAUGUUCGCCAAAUGUGACAGCGUGGAGGACGCUCGCAAUGUGUUUGUUGAAAUGCCCAAACGAGAUGUGUUUUCCUGGACUGCCAUGAUUUCAGCAUUUGUUAGGAAUAAUUUUUACAAGGAAGCCUUGGAGUUGUUCUACGAGAUGAGAAAAGAAGGCAUUAAACCUAAUGAAUUUACAUUUGCUAGUAUUAUUACUGCCUGUGCGAAUUCGGCAGCUGCGGAAAAGGGCAAGGAAAUCCAUGAGGAAAUAAGGAAAAGUGGGUUUGAGUCUGAUGUGGUUGUGGGGAAUGCCCUUGUAGACAUGCAUGGUAAAUGUGGAAACCUAGAUUUGGCACGCGAGGUGUUUAACAAAAUGCCUCAACGAAAUGUAGUGUCCUGGACUGCCAUGAUUGCAGGGUAUGUCCGGAAUGGACAAGGUGAGAAAGCUCUGAAACUCUACAGGCAGAUGCAGGAUGUGGAUGUGAAACCCAACGUAAAAACUCUUACAACUGUCAUUGCGGCAUGUGCUGAUUUGGCGGCUCUGGAACAAGGUAAGCAUGUCCAUGGGGAAAUUGUGAAACGUGGGUUUCAAUUUGACGAAUUUGUAGAAAGUGCUAUUGUCGAUAUGUAUGCAAAGUGUGGAGAUAUAGAGAUGGCCCGCGUACUGUUUGACAAAAUGCCUAGAAGGAAUGCAGUGUUGUGGACUACGAUGAUAGUAGGAUAUGCAAUGCAUGGCCAAGGUAAGGAGGCUGUGCGGCUGUUUGAGAGAAUGCGAAGGGUUGAGGUGAUUCCAGACGCUAUCACCUUUGUUGGUGUUUUGUCUGCAUGCUGUCAUGCUGGCCUAGUUGAUGAAGGCUGCCGAAUUUUUGACUCUAUAAGUGAGUGCUCUCACAUUGUACCUUCAAUGGAACACUAUGGAUGCUUGGUUGGCAUUCUUGGCCGUGCUGGUAGGCUUGAUGAGGCACACAAUGUAAUCAACAAAAUGCCAAUGAAAGCAGAUGCUACAGUGUGGGGGUCUUUGCUCGGUGCUUCUCGAAUCCAUAGGAAUGUUGAGUUAGGAGAGUGUGCUGCACAACACAUCUUUGAGCUGAACCCUAAAGAUCCUGGACCUUAUGUGGUGCUGUCAAAUAUGUAUGCCGAAUCUGGCCAGUGGGAUGCAAACCAGAAGGUUCGAAAAAUGAUGAAAGAUAGGAAUGUGAGAAAGAAUCCUGGUUGCAGCUGGGUUGAAUUUAAUCAUCAGGUCCAUACUUUCCUCGUAGGUGACAGAUCACAUCCUCAAACAAAAGAAAUUUAUUUAAAAUUGGAGAGAUUGUCCAGGCAGAUGAAAGAGGCAGGUUAUGUUCCUGAUAGAAGCUUUACGUUGAAUGAUGUGGAUGAGGAACAGAAGGAAGAUAUGCUUUCCCACCAUAGCGAAAAGCUGGCAGUUGCAUUUGGACUUAUCAAUAUGGAUCCUCGGAGAACUAUUCGAGUUAUUAAGAACCUUCGAGUAUGUGGUGAUUGUCACUCUGCAAUUAAGUUCAUAUCCAGGAUUGGUGCGCGGGAAAUCCUUUUGAGAGAUGCUAAUCGAUUCCAUCAUUUUAAGGAUGGACAGUGUUCGUGUGGGGAUUAUUGGUGACACUAAUCUAAACAAUCGUGUAUUGACGAGUGCAUAUGUAUGGUCAAUUGGGUUUGGGUUCUUUGUUUCCAAUGAAACAGAGUCUAAGAGAUUUAUGGCACGUGUUUUUGGCUAGAGCAUAAAAAUUAAUGUGCUGAAAUGGCAUUAUGUGUCAGACUCGUGAAGCAUGGCUGUACUGGUGGAUCAUAAGAUCUUAAUGAGACAUCUGCAAUGAUAGUUCUGUGUUCGUCGAUUAUCACUUUUGUCUGAUGGCAUACGGAUCCGAUUCUGCGUAUGGAUGCCACAUCCACAAUUCAAAAAUCUCUUCAAGCUCCAACAAAGAGAGUAUGUAAAGGGGGCCAUGCUUACAACUCCCAGUUCACUUUGGAGGGGGGCCAUCCCCCUUGAUCAAGCCCAAGAGCACAAAAGGUGGGCCAUCCAUUCUACCUCUUGGUCCUCGAGCAUGGAAGGUUGGUCAUCGAUUCCAUUUUUUGGGUGGCAUACUUGAUAAGAGUAUGAGAGGGGGCCCAUCCUCUCAACUCUCAUGGACAUGGAAGGGGGGUCAUCCUUCCUAUUUGCAAGACAUCAAAACUGAUUGCUCAAGGAGUUUUCUUGAGUAUCACUGAUUGCUUGAUUCCUCUUUAUCACCAUUUCUUAGAGGAUUGAUGAGGGGAUGCUUAAAUGAAUUGGUGCUUGAAUGAUUGAUGCUUUAAUGAUUGAUAUUUAAAUGAUUUGAUGAUAGAAUGGUUGAUGUUUGAGCGGUGGAUGUUCGCAUGAUGGAUGUUUGAAUGAUUGGCAUUAGACCUAUUCGAUUGAUGAAAGAAUUGAUUGUUGGUUUGUUUGCUUGAUUCCUUUAUUCCCAAUUGAUGAUUGAUGGAUGAUUAAAUUAUUUCCUUUGAUUUGAUGAUUUGAUAUAUUGGUGAUGAUGAUUGAAAUUUUGAAUGAAUGUUGUUGAAUUCAUAGAGAGAUAACUGAUGAUUGAGUGAUCGCUGAUUUGAUCUAUUGUUGAAUGAUGAUUGAUAAGUGAUCCUUGAAUGCUUGGAAGGAUUUCUCCUUUAUACUUAUUGGUGAAAGUGUCACCACCUUUCAUAAGAAUUGAGUCACUACCUUUCAUUGUUGCCUUUGAGAAUAAUAAAUUAUUUUCCAAAUUGAUCUCUCUUCAAUAUCGUCCUCAAUUACAACCUUCUUCCCUUUAUAUCUUCCAAUUUGAGGGACAAUUCACACCUCUUCAUCAUAUACGCCCUUUGCAGGAGUCACAACCUUUCACAAUUACCUCCAUUUGGAAGAGUACAACCUUACAUAAUUUUUGCCCUUGGAAAUAGUCACUUCCUUAUUUUCUUCCAAUUCCUUUCUAUUAAUGCUUCCUUGAUUCAUAUGCUCCAUUGUGUUUUUCCUUCUUUUCUUAUAUAUAUCUCCUCCCAAGGAAUUGAUCUCCCUUUUAUAUUUUAUUCUUGAGGGAGUCGCAACCUUUCAUUUCAUGCCUUUUGACCAUUCAUUAAAUAUAAUUAAAUUUUAAAUAGAUUAUAUUUAUUUUUUACAUUUUUAUUUAUUUUUAAAUCUCAUUUCAAAAAGGGGAUAUUAUAGAACACAAAUCUACAGUGGAAGUGAAGGUACCAGGCAUCAACACACAACCACACUGUAAUGAUCUUGCAUAACCUUGGUCCCAUAGCCAACUCAACUUUCCAUUUGCUAUCCUAUCUUGCUUCUACCAAUCUACAUCGCUUCCUUAUUAAUGGUGAUAUGAAGGAAUCAAAAGCUUUAGAAUCAGACAAGAUAGAAACAUGAACACUCUCGAGUGUACCUAAGGUUUCAACUAUGGUGCCUUGAUGCUUAGCUUGGCAGUUAUCAAUUGUAGCAAGCACUGAAUGAGAUCUCCCCACAUCGCCAAUUGUUGGCUUUGGUGAUUUGGCUCUUUGACCAUUAGUAGCCCUUAUUUUCUAUGGACACUGUCUAUCUAGGUAACCUUCUUGGCCAUUAUACAAUCAUGGUCCCAUUACAGAAGGCUAAGAGAAUUGAGGCUGGUUUGACAACUUAGAAACUAAGAAUAUGAAAAACUAGCAUUGGGCAAACUAUCAUCCAAUUGCUCCUAGGAAUCCUAACCCCUAAAGCAUUGCCUUUGCUUAUCUCUCAAAUAGAAAGACCUACUAGAUUGAACACUAUAUUGAUCUUGAGAAGGCUUUUACCUUUGAGAUUGUUAUUGUUGUUGGGCCUUAGGUGGUACUUAAGUGCUUUAAACUUCCCUUUAGGUUGAGAUUGAUAACCUUGACCUUUAUCCUCUCCUUGGUAUUGUACUACUAUUUGAGUACCCCUCUAACCACUAUGACCUCUAGCCAAAUUUUCCUCAACUAGUCUAGCCUUCUUGACUACUUCUCUAGAGUCUUGGACUCUGAAACCCAAACUCCAUCAAUGAUAUGAGGGUUGAAACCUCUCACAAACUUGUGAAAUCUUAUCCUGAAGUGCCCUCGCAUAUGGCUUUAGCUCAAAGAAGCUAUUUUCAUAUUGUUUCACUAACAAAUUAUACUCAAUUGGCCCAGAUCAUGGAAUUCAUCUACUUGGUGCUGAAUGAAAUGUUCUGAAAAAUACCAACCAUAAAACCUCUUUGAAAAGGUUUCCCAAGAAAUUGGCACAAUGGACAAGUGAUGCUUUUGGUCUUCCUUGUGCCAUCUAAUGGAUGCAAACUCGUGUAAUUGUAUGAUGGCAUACCUAGCUUUGUUUUAUUGCCAUAUGGGUUUAUCACAAAACAAUAGUCAAUGGCCAUGAGCUAAAUUUCCACCUAGGCUUUCCCAAAAGAACCAUCAAAAGUUGAUGGGUGAAUUCAAGAAAGGUCUCUCAUCUGAGUUGUUCACACAUUGGAGUCUUGCACUGCUUGCUUAACUUCUUGUUGAGGUUGUUUUUGCUUGGGCACUUCUUCCUCUCGAUUGCGACAAACUCCUAGAGUGUUCUCUUUUAUUAGAUUUGCCUUGAGACUCCCCAAAGAUUGCGAAGAUUUUAUCUAGCUACUUGAGUUUCCUCCUUUUCAAGUGAAAACUAUGCCAACAACUACCAGAAAAAUUCAAUCAUCCGUGUAAAUCCUAGUUCACCCCUUGCCUAAUUCUUCUUUACUACAAGAGAUUCAUUGCUUUGAACUUUUGGAGAUUCUUGAUCCAAACCCCAUUGGCGGGUAUGAUAAUUCCUAGGAGGCUUCCUCCCUUUCAAGCUAGAAGAUUAGCACGACAAAUGCAUCAGCCAAACAUAGUAAUAAGAGAAUCACAGUCGUAGAUAUCAUGCAACUUAACAAAACACAUCAUUAGCAAUUGAGGCACAAAUAGCACACACACAUCUAGAGCUCCCAAAAUUGCAACUUGGGUUCUAAUAGUAAACAUAGUACCUCAAGCUUAGAUAUAUUAAUGGACAAAAACUUGAUGAACACAAUUUUUGUGCUAGAAAAGUGAUAGUAAGCAUGUUACAUUGCACACUUGGUGCAUGAUGUGUCAAGUCACAAUGUGAUGACACACCUGACAUGCUUACUGAUACACUACACAUGACAACAUAAGCAAAAGACUAACUAGGUCAUGUUGAAUACAUUGUUGUUGAUGUCAAAGGUUAAUGAUCGAGGUCAUAUAAAUUUUGGAGAAUUACUCAAAGUAAUAUGCCCAAUUGUUUGUUUGAGCUACUUGGCUGCUUAGUUGAGCUACUUGGUUACUUGGUAGAGCUACUUGGCUGCUUAGUUGAGCUACUUGGUUACUUGGUAAAGCUACUUGGUUGUCUACUUGAGCUGCUUGGUUGUUUGCUUGAACUACUUGGUCAUUUGCUUGAGCUUGUUGUGUGUCCACUUCACCUGCUUGCUGUGAGCUUAUCUUGC